AAAGUCAACAAAGUUGUGCUGAUUGCCAAUGAUGCAAAACAAUCUUCAUGGAGAGAUUCGUCGUUCGUUGUUCAACACCUCAAAGUCGUCGUCUUUUCCAUUUCACUUCCAACAGGGAUACUUUCCAAAAAGCUGCAUCAUCGGCAUCCUUCAAUGGCGUUUCCUUCUUCUUCCUCGUCGUCUUAUCCCUCCAAGCGCCAGUUUGACGUGUUUGUGAGUUUCAGAGGCGCAGACACUCGUAAUACCUUCACCUCUUACCUCCUUGAGUCCCUACACCGAAAAGGUAUUGAUGCUUUCUUUGACGGGAAACUACUGCGAGGAAAGGACAUCUCAGUUCUCUUUGACAGGAUCCAGCAAUCUAAGAUGUCAAUCGUUGUCUUCUCGGAGAACUAUGCCAACUCCACCUGGUGCUUGGAGGAACUCUGGAAGAUAAUGCAGUGCAGGGAUAAAUUUGGUCAUGGGGUUAUACCAAUCUUCUACAAAGUCAAGAAAUCUGAUGUGGAGAAUCAGAAGGGGAGUUUUGAAGCUCCCUUCCUGAGCCCUAAGGAGUUUUUUAAGGGAGAUGGGCUCAAACUUGGGGCAUGGAAGGAAGCUCUGAGGACUGCUUCCAAUAUCCUCGGCUUUGUGCUUCCUGAGGAUAGGCCGGAGAUUGAAUUUGUUGACAAAAUAGCCGGGGAAACUUUCAGGAUGCUGAAUGAUUUGUCUCCAUGUGAAAUACGUGGUUUUCCAGGGAAUGAAUCACGUUCAAAGGAGCUGGAGGAGUUACUGAAGUUUGAUGAUGCAAGCUGUAACCGUACCAUUGGGGUUCUUGGGAUGGCUGGAAUUGGCAAGACCACGGUUGCUGAUAGCGUAUACAAACGAAACCAUCGUCUAUUCGAUGGGUACUGUUUCCUUGAAGACAUUGACAAUGAGUCGAAACGGCAUGGAUUACAUCAUUUGCAUGAGAAACUUCUCUGUAAAUUAUUGGAUGAAGAGAAUUUGGAUGUCAGAGCGCAUGGAAGAUUGGAAGAUUUUCUAAGGAACAAGAAGUUGUUUAUUGUGCUGGAUAAUGUGACUGAAGAAAAUCAAAUACAAGUUCUCAUUGGACAGCAGGAGAUGUACCGUAAAGGAAGUAGGAUUGUUAUAACUACGAGAGACAAGAAACUGCUGCUGAAAAACGCUGAUGCAACAUAUGUAGUUCCAAGAUUGAAUGAAAGGGAAGCUAUGGAGCUUUUCUGCCUAGAUGCAUUUUCGGGCAACCUUUACCCCACGGAAGAAUUUAUGGAUCUAUCAAAUAAAUUUGUUUAUUAUGCUAAAGGGCAUCCGUUGGCUUUGAAGUUGUUAGGUUCAGGUCUAUGUCAGAAGGAAAAGACGUACUGGGUGGAGAAAUGGGAGAGACUAAGAGUAAUGCCAGACAAGGAGAUUCAGAAAGUGCUAAAAAGGAGCUAUGAAGAACUGGAUGAUGAACAGAAGCGCAUAUUUCUGGACAUAGCUUGUUUUUUCAGAUCAGAAAAUGCAGAUUUCGUUUCGAGCAUCCUGAAAUCAGACCGUGUCAAUGCUGCAGCUGUGAUGAAGGAGCUUGAAGAUAAGUGCAUGGUAACCAUUUCUUAUAAUAGGCUUGAGAUGCAUGAUCUUAUGCAUACAAUGGGGAAGGAAAUUGGAUAUGAGUCAUCCAUCAAAAGGGCAGGCAAACGUAGUAGGUUAUGGAACCACAAAGAUAUUCGCUAUGUUCUCGAGCAGAAAACGGGAACUGAAUGUGUUAGAGGCAUCUUCUUCAACAUGUCUAAUGUCGAACGGAUCAAGCUAAGCCCUGAUGUUUUCAUGAGGAUGUCGAAUCUCAAAUUCCUGAAGUUCCACAAUUCUCAUUGUUCUCAGUGGUGUGAUAAUGAUCAUAUAUUUCAGUUCUGCAAAGGGCUUGAUCACUUUCCAGAUGAGCUUGUGUACCUUCACUGGCAGGGCUAUCCAUACGGUUGCUUGCCAUUAGAUUUCAAUCCAGAGGAACUUGUCGAUCUUAAUCUGCGUUAUAGCCACAUCAAACAACUGUGGGAAGAUGAGAAGAAUACAGAAAAUUUAAGAUGGGUCGACCUCAGUCGGUCAAAAGACUUGCUGAAUUUAUCAGGUUUGUCCAGGGCCAAAAAUCUUGAAAGAUUGGAUCUCGAAGGCUGUACGAGUUUGGUUAUGUUGGGACCAUCAAUUGAACAGAUGAACAAACUUAUUUACCUGAACCUCCGAGAGUGCAUAAGCCUUAAAAGUCUCCCAGAAGGAAUCAAUUUAAAAUCUCUCAAGACUCUGAUUCUCAGUGGCUGUUCAAACCUUCAGGAGUUUCAUAUUAUAUCAGAAAAUAUUGAAUCACUUUAUUUGGAAGGCUCAGCAAUUGAACAAGUUGUUGAACACAUCGGGAGUCUUGGGAACCUUAUUUUGCUGAAUCUCAAGAAUUGUCGCAGGUUGAAGUAUCUUCCCAACGAUCUUUACAAGCUGAAAUCU